AUGUAUAAAGCUGAGAGGAGUAAAGUUGAAGAAGUGUAUGUGGUUGGUUUUGUACCCAGCUAUCUCCUUCCGAAAAAGCGCCCAUGUUCACUUGACCCUUGUCCGCGAUUACGUGCUGUGUGAAUUGUUAACAUUAAAUUGUGCAUGUAUAAGUUGUAACGUGUAUACAGUAACAGUUGUAACAGUGCUGAUUAAAAAUAGCAACAAAUUAUUCAUAUUUUAAAGGGUUAGAAGUUGAUUACAUUGGCUCGAUUUCUGGCUUACCAAGUGGGAGAACUAAUAUCCGUUGUUUAAUACUACUCUGGACUGGAGAUUAUCCAGCACAGUGCGAGGUUGGAAAAUUUAUUAAUUGUGGUAUACAGCCAUGUAGAAGGGAUAAACUUCAAGGUAACCUGAUACUUACAAUAAUUAAUUUGCAUGCAUGACCGUUAAUCUGUUUGUAACUGCAUUUAUUAAAUUUAUUUAUUAAAUGUAAACUUGUAUUCUUGGACAUUUUUUCCAAAACUUUAAUGUUUACUCAUUAAUUUUAUAUACUUGUAUUUCUGUCUCUUUCUAUCAGGAACAAAUUUAAACGGCGGAAGCACUUAUUAUUAUGGAGAAAACAUACUUCACGCUAGAUUUCCCUGGGAAAAACGGAAUCUUAAUGACGAAGUGGAAGUGAUGUGCACCAUAGGUGAAGAAGAUCGUAGUUCUGUACGAGCUAAUCUUAGCAAACAUACAGGAUACACUGGAAUCAGCGUUUUACACCGACUUCACAAGCUCUACGAGCUUGAUGUCAUCCGAGAUACAGUAUUUGAUAUGAUGCACCACCUUCCACUAAAUGUUGUGAGAAAACAUGUUAAGAGAGUGAUGGACGAAGGAAUAGUUGACAAAAAUGUGUCAGAAAACAAACUUUCACUUAUGCCCUGGACUGCAGGUUAUAUUUUAGAAUUAAUACUGCAUUUUAACCGAUCCAAUUAACCAAUCACAAGCAUACUAGGUCAGUGAAAGAUGGUGAUCAAAUCUGAACCUCGCUAAUAUUGUGUGGAAUGAUAACCGAUUCAGAACGGCCAAUCCCGCCUGCUACAUGUACUCAGAGGCUGCUAUCAAAAUAUUUUGGAUUCCGUAUUUCACACUCCAGAGCCUAGUAUAUCAUUUUCCUUAGCACUUUGCGUAAAAAUGUCUCACUUUCAAUGUGUUAAUACCGUUUUGCACCACCCAUACAUUCUGGCUUGCUUCUCAUGUCAACUUUUUGUUGUAAUUUAUUAACACCACUUCCAAGACUUCCUAUUACCAGCGGUAUUAUUUAUACACAGAGUCUUUGGCAUAUCUCUCUCAUAUUUAAACACUAGCUGUUGGUAUUUGUUACUUUUCUCUUGUUUCAUUAGAACUAAAAGAUGGAAGAUUACCUACAAACAUGUCUGACACACAUGUAAAUGCUUGGAAAGCGGAAGAAUUCCAAAAAUUUGCAUUCCAUGCUAUGGAGGUUGUCAUGAGAGUGGGCUUAUGGAUGAAAGAGAGUUUCACAUUUUCCAACUAAUGGCGAGAAUGGUUGAGAUGGUUUUUAACAAACGUGAUGAAUGGGAUCACGAUGAUGUCUUUUUGUUUGGUAAAUUGGCAAAACGAUUCAAUAUACUAAUUGAGGAGAACGUUGGUUUGCAUGCCUGUGUUGUAACAGCGCACAAUUUGAUCCAUGUUGAAGAGGAUGUAUUCAGGUUUUCACUUCCAGACAACUACUGGUGCUUCGCUUUUGAAAGAGCGGUUAAGAAGUACAUAAGUAUUCCCAACAAUCACAAAAAUAUUGAAUGCUCAUUUGCCAAGAAGGAACAGAGACGAGAGUUUUUGAAAUCAUUGAAUACAGAGGAAGCGCCUUUACCCCAUGCUGCAAAGAUUGAUGUAGACAAGGUAAUCGUUGGUGUGACCAUACUCAGUUGGGUUUUGAUUUUAGCGUUUCUGCGUGUUAAACCGUCAAACUCAACAUUGUUUUGUUAACCAAAAUUAUACCAAGGUUAAAAAUGCGUUAAACAUAAGCACUGUUUUACAGUUUUUGGCUUUAGUCAUAAUAGGUAUACCUUGGCUAAAGCUACGCUAUAAAUUAUUUGGACAUCAUUCUAUUAUUUUUUCUUAGGCCCGGUUUAGACGGCGAACUUUUCAUGCGCCGAAUCUAAUGCAAGGAUUAAGUGCGACGUUGGAGCGGCGUCUAAAUCAAUUAAGUUCGGCAGGUUUUGAUUAAGUUCGACACGACUCGAAGAUGCGACAGGACAAGUCGUAUAUGCGACACAGGUUCGACAUUGAUUUAGACGCCGUGCUUUUCAUGCGCCGAACCUAAUGCAUAAUUAUUUUUAACAUCAUAAUAUGAUUAUCAUAUAUUUGCAUUGUAAAUAUUUCCAAUAUAAUGUCUUCGCAAUUUGGUACGGUGCAAUUAAGUUCGACGUCUAAAUCAGUUUCCCAUAUUUUGCCGUAUCUACGACAAUUAGAUUCGGCGCAUGAGAAGUUCGCCGUCUAGACCGGGCCUUAGUCGUUGAAAUAAAAUUUUCUGUUUUAGAUGGCUGCCAAAACCAUAACUGAAGCCAAAAGGCUGGCCAAUGAUGAUGAAAUUGUCGAAAUAUCAAAUGAAAUUGCCGUUAUUACUGCCACAUGUAUUUCUCGAAAGGUGAUGUUGUAUACCCACGUCCCGCCGAUGAUAUGGACACCAUUGCUGUUGUAGAUUUUGAAAGACCAAACUUACCAAUAAACUUUGCAGAUAUUACUGUACCAUUUUACCCCAUGGUGAAUGACAUUGUUGUUAUUAGAGGGGAAAAUGACGAGAUUUGGGUCGCAAAGAUCCUCAAAGUAUACACUGAAGAAAAAACUGUGAAAGUGUGGUACUACAGAGAGCAAGGACAUGAAUUGUUUGUACCAGAAGUUUCCUCACGAGAUGCAUUAGACAUUGUCAACUGGGACUCUAUAGUUCAUCUUGCUCCCGAGGAAUGGAUUGAUGGCGGUUCUUGA